GGCCGCAUUGCCAUGGCUGCCCGUGGUGGCGUCACCCCCGCCGGGGAGGGCCUGCGCUACGCUGAGUACUCGCCGCCCUCCGCCAAACGGCCGGACGCCGACAUCGACCACGGACUGGCAAGAAGUUUGAUAGCUGUAGGACUGGGUGUUGCAGCUCUUGCAUUUGCAGGUCGCUAUGCAUUUCAAAUCUGGAAACCUCUAGAACAAGUAAUCACAGGAACUGCAAAGAAGAUUUCAAUUCCUACCCUUUCAUCCUACUAUAAAGGAGGAUUUGAAACGAAAAUGAGUAGGCGAGAAGCUAGUCUUAUUUUAGGUGUAAGCCCAUCUGCUGGCAAAGCCAAGAUUAGAACAGCUCACAGGAGAAUCAUGAUUUUGAAUCACCCAGAUAAAGGUGGAUCUCCUUACUUAGCAACCAAAAUAAAUGAAGCAAAAGACUUGCUAGAAGCAACCACCAAACACUGAUUUAUGCCCAAGGACCAUACUGAAGGGAAAAAAGGGUGGAACUUUAAAAAAAAAAAAAGAGGAAAAGAAGUCCUGCAAAUUAAUCUAAAACAAUCUUCUUAAUUUUCACACAUGUACUGACCUUAAUCUUUUCUUUUGCCGUUAAAUUAUAUAACAAUAAAGGGUAAAUAGUCUUGCUUUUUAUUAUCUUUUAAAGGAACCCCUUAGUUCCUUAAGGAUCUUUUCUUUAUUCCUUUCUGUGACAUUCAUACUUUUUAAAGAUUUUUGUUAUAUUAGUCCUAAAUCCUGCCACCCACCCCCACCCCACAAAAAAAAAAAAAAAACUACGAUUGAGAUUUGUGGGCAGUGAGUAGGAAUUUUCUUCAUAUUUGUGCCCUCAUUGUCCCUUGUUUCCUCAGAAGAAUUUGGGACUCUGCUUACGUAAGGUGCUUUAAAUGUUUUGAGACCAAACAUUGUCCACCACCUCAUGGGGCAAUUAUAUGACACAUAAUGGAAUUUCUAAAUGGUGUUUUGUAAAGUAGUGGUUAGGACUUGUUAAAGAACUCUGCUAUCUCUGAAAGCCUAUAGCUGAAGCAUGAGAACUUGGAGAGCUACCGAAAUAAUUAAAGAUUUAUCAAAUGAGCCCUAUGAGGAAAGGCUGAAAAGAGCCAAGAGAAGUCUGAGAAAUUUGUAUUUAAUUGUGGUCUUUCAGUACUGCAUAUUUAUUUAACUAUUUAUUCUAAAAAUAUUUACUGACUACCUGUGAUGUGUAAGGCACUGUAGUGGGUUCUCUGAGAGUUAUAAGUAUAAACCAAGGCAUGAGUCCUAACCCAAAGGAACGUGUAUUUAGAGGAAGACUAAAUCACAUACACAAUGAAUACUGUUAGAGAAGGACAGAUGAUGUUAAGGAAGUUCAAAAGAAGAAAAAUUUUAAACUGAGUGCAUGGUGCAGGAGGGUAAGCUUUGUGGAUUCAGUGGCAUAGAGCUGGGCCUUAAAGAAAAAGUUAAAAAGAGAUAACACAUGAUUGGUGAGUCAGUGUUAUUUCCCCUGAGAUCAGAAUUAGCAGAAAUAGAUAUAUCAGUUACUGUGAUUAGAGUGCAGCGUUUCUCAAAAGCAAGGGAUGACAGAGUGGUCAUGAAAGGCCAACCCCUUGACUUACACUGCAUUAAAUUAAUUUCUCAAGACAGUCCCUGGACAUCACCACUUAACUAUUCCAAAGGUGAGAAAACAGAUUCAGGUACGGAGUACCAGCAUUAUUUCCCAACACUCCUUUAAAAUCCUAGGUUUAUUCCAGGCAAACAGAACUACUGUAUUUAUCUUAAAAUAAAAUAUCUUAGAUGCAUCUUUCAAUUUAUGACAUUCUGCAUUUUAGGAGUUCUCAACCUUGGCACUUUUGACAUGUUGGGCUGAAUAAUUCUUUUUUGUGGGGAUCUUAUAGAUGCUCUUCUGCAUUUUAGGUGAUUAGCACUAUCCCUAGCCUGUUGUCUGUUAAAGACCAGUAGCUUUUCCUCAGUUGUGACAACCAAAAAUGUUUCCAGACUUUGGAGGGCAAAACCGCCCCCAGUUGAGAACCACUGCUAUAAAUGUUUAAAUAAUAUUUUUUCUUUUGGUACAUGAAGUAAUGGUCUGACUUAAAAUUGAUUGAAUCUUAGAGUCAAUAAAAUAUGGUUCUUGCUUUAGAGUCCCCAUGCACGUCCUAAUAUUCUCAUGCUUUAGUGUUUUUCGUUUGUCUGCUCACUAUUGUCCCUGUACCUAGAAUGCCAUCCUAAUUCCCAGAUUUCCAUAUUCCCAAAGUCUAGGGAUAGUUCAAGGCCAUGCUAAAAUGUAUCCAUCUUUUUCUGGUGCUUCCAGCAAAAGUAAUAUCAUGAAUUGUCAGGUCUCUGAGAGCAGGGACCAUACCUGUCUCGUUCACUACUAUAUUGGCACCAACAAAUAAAUAUUUGUUGAAUGAA